ACCGCCCUUAUCGCCGAAAACGAAAACAAAACGCGAAUUCGUCGGCGCGAAACAAAAAUCUUCGUUGUUUAAGCAAAUUUUUAAAUUUUUCGAUUCAGUUGUGAUUCAGUGCGCGAUUUUAAAGUGAAAUAAAAUGCCGCGUUCAAGUGGUACCCUGUCGCAGUCGCAAUCAUCGGUCGCAAAAGUGCCUCGCAGUGGACGAGCUGGACCCAGCCAGUCUCAAUCCCAAACGCAGGCUCGCCCUAGCGGAAGCCAACAAGUGGCCGCCGGCCCAAGCCAACAGGAGAACGGCUCGGACGAUGCGGAUCUGGACCAGAUGGUGAUCAACAUGGUAAAGACCAUCCUGAACCUGUCGGCGAACAAGCAUCUCAUCAAGAAACCGGAUUUGGUGAAAAAUGCACUUGCAGGGAAUAGCCGGCUUUUCCCGAAGAUUAUCGACCAGGUCACGAACGAGUUGGCUGAGGUUUAUGGAUACAAACUUAUCGAAACUGAUCGCAAUAAAAGCUACAUUUUGGUGUCGACUGUUACUUGCGGGUCCGUUUUGGACAUGAACGAAGACUACCGUCAAAAGUACACUCUGCUGUACCUGAUUCUGGGUUAUAUCUUCAUGAAGAACGGAGACAUCCCGGAGGAGAGCUUGUGGGACUUUCUGGCAAAGUUGAACAUCACGGACGACGAGGAGCACUCGUUCUUUGGAGAUGUUCGGAAGUUGGUCCAAGAAACGUUCGUCAAGCAAGCCUAUCUGGUGCGCACCAAGCAGGUCGUCGAGGGAAUGAACGAUGACCGGUACUUCUACGGAUGGGGCGUUCGAGCUGAGCACGAACUGAGCAAAUGUGACAUCCUGGAAUCGAUCUGCAAGCUUAUGGGGAAACCGUCCAUCUGUUACAUUACGCAGCACACGAAAGCCUACGGUCUGAAUGACGACCCGGAUGAUUCCAUGGAUAACACACAGGGUUGAGAUGACGGAAGCGACGAAUGGAAGAACUCUUAAUGUACCUGCCGAGUGAUAAAUAAAAUGUUCGAUCAAUGAAGAACAAAUGCUUUCAGGACUAGUAGA